AUGGAACAUCCGGAAAAUAUCGAAGUGACGCUUGUCGGUCAACCGUAUUCGAAUCUUGUGAUUUCGCCCAACAACAGAAUUCUUGCGGCCACUACCGGUACCUCAUGUGAAGUUCUCUAUUCUGAUAAAAAAGGAAAUGCUGCACGACGUGUUAUCAAGCACGAUUCCGAUGUAAUUGCUGUCUUUUUCCAUACGAAUGAACGUCUAGUUACUGUUACUGAAAAUGGAGAAGUCACUGAAUAUGAAGCACAAGAGAGAAGUUUUGAAAAGCUGGUCUCGAGAAGAGUCACCGCGUUCCCUGUUGUCUGUGCGUUCGCUCAGAAACCUCAAUUGGACGAAGAAAAAGAGCUGGAAAUUUGGCUUGUCGUUAAGAAAAGUUCGGCAAAAUGUCAGAAGUUCUACGAUGUCUGUGUCACUGGUGCAAAUGGUUCGGUUGAGAAAGUGCUGGAAAUUCCGGCGAAUCUCCGAAAAGAACAAAUUGCUAUUUCGGAUAGAGUCAUCUCGUAUUGCCAGGGAUUGGAAGUGAAUUCAAUUAUUCUGAAAGAUGACGAUUAUUCGGUUGUGAAAGAGACAAAAUACACGUCGAAGAAUGGAGGAGGGCAUGAUGACGAACAUAUUCACGAGAUUGAACGUCUGGCGGUCAACGGAAACUUCCUUGUCGCCUCAAUUAGCGAUGGACGUGUUCUUCAAUGGUCCAAUCUAAAGACGGCCGGAGUUUCGGACACCCAUCACCGUAUUCAUUGGCAUAAAGUUGGGAGUCAUGUUGCUGUUACUCAAUUUGGAAAUGUUUUGUCGGCUGGUGCUGAAUGUGUACUUGCUCGCCAUUCAAAAGGACAAAAAGAGCCAACUCUGCUGCCACGGUUGGCUGCUCCAGUCACUGGACUUGUUCUUUCCGAUGAUUCGUCUACUUGUGCACUUAUUAUGGAAGACAACUCGAUUCACACCGUCCUUCUUUCAACAAUGGCUAUCAAAUCAUCACUUUCAACACUCGAAUAUUGUCCGAGAUCGCUGAACACUGUAUUCUGCAGUGAUCCACUUCGUCCCAAAGAUGUUGCUAUGAAUGGUAAGCCGGGUACCAUUCAAUGGUUUGACCCAGUCACCGUGACAACUCAAUCCAAAAUGCUCGUCACACUCGAAAAUUCAAUUGAUGGAGACAUGACUUCUCGAGGAAUUCGAUCAGCUUUUCGUGAUGUUCUCACGGUUUCAUUCACACCCACACUGGCAGCUACAAUUGAAAAGUUCAUUAACUAUGACGGAGAGAACCAUCUUAGAUUCUGGCAACGUAUUGGAAACGCGACAAAGACGAAGUUGGUAGCAAGCAUUGCCGUACCGAAAGAUGUCGUUUUUGUGGCAACUUGCCAGACGAGCGCUGCUUCGAAUUUUGUGAACACAAUUGUCACUGCUUCUACGAGUGGAACGAUCAGCGUCUGGGAUUACAGCGAAAAAGAAGUUCGGGAAGAUUUAGAACGUAGUCGAAACUGGCAAGAAGCAGAGAUCCGUUCCAUUUCCAAUAUUCAAACCGAUGGAAAAUUUGUUAGCGCUCACGGGCAACACGCUGUUCUUUGGAAUGUUAAAAAUAUGAAAAUAAUCGACGUUUUGAGCUGUGAAGACGAUAUUCAGAAAGUUGCAUUUGCUGCGGACGGACGACAUCUAAUUGUCUCGACUAAGAAAGGAGUCGUCUGCUGGGAUACUCUCUGCCUUCUUGUCGUUUGGCGUAUUCAACAAUCCGUUGGAAUCCUCGUCAACUCUGUCGGUUGUUUUGCUAUUGAUAGUACACAAGUAAUGAGAUUCGAUGCGGAAAACGGUCGUGUUCUGGAAACGAUGCAAUUCUCGGCGCCUGUUGACGAGCUAAUUGUCAUUGAGCAAAGAAAAGCGACACUUGUUUAUGUGGCCAAAACGGCGAAGGGAAUCCUCUGUAACCGUCCGGCACUUAUUAAAAGCAGUGGAAAAGGAUCAGAAACAAUCGAUCUAAAGACUCCAUUCAAUCAACUAGCUCGUAUAUCUUCUUCUACUUCGAAGUCCACAUCAUCAUCUGAUCAACAAUUCGUUCGCCAACCACGUCCGGAAGCAGCGCGUCUAUUUUCAGGACCCGUCCAUCAACUGCCUCCAAUCUCGUUUAUCGCUCCACUGUUUAUUGAAAAAUCUUUACUUCCACCUCCUCCUCGACCAUGA